AUGACAAAGUCAAAUUCACAAGUCUUUUUCAAAUGGUUACCUAUUGUUGUUAUUCCUUUGUUAAUCAUAAUCAGUUUCGGUUUAUCUUAUUGGAUCUUUGCUCGUCGACGACGAAACAAUCAAAAUUCAUAUAAUAAAAGUUCAGAAAAAGAACUUGUAAUGACAGAACCUAUUCACCAAACUAUGCUACCAAACAAUGAGUACUUAUCAACUCCAACUCAAAUUUUAACAAAAAAAUCUUGGUCAACAAAUUCAACACAAUUAACUAAUGCUGAUAUAGCUUAUCUUGAUAAACUUUUCCGUACUGCAAGUGAUCGAUCAAUGUGGAAACGAGAUUAUUUAACAAAAGAUCAGCGCAAUACACUACGAAGAGUACCUUCUGGACAAAUUCAACAAAAACUUUUAUUUUCUAAUUAA